AUGCCUCAGACAAAGGCGAUCAAAUAUUAUUUGCUGGCAUUGCUAGAAGUCAAGUGGACGCUCACAGAGGCCGAUGCUUACACGCUCUCCUCAUCUUCCGAUGCCGCGGAGGAGGCUGAGACCUUGGUGGUCUUGGCCUCGAAGGACGAUUUCGCCCAGCUGUCCAACUGCUUUCCCAAGGGCAUCGACGGGACCUUCCCUGUGCUACGGCCUUGGCAUUGGCAGGUCACCAUCAUCGGCUUCGGCUCUUUGUUGAGCAAGAGGAGCGCUAUGCUCACCACGCCCAGCAUGCAGGGCUUCCAGUAUGUGAGAGUGAAGGGCUAUCAGCGACAAUUUGCUCAUCCCGCACCGAUUUUCUUUGAGCGCGGGAAGUAUCCUGGCAUCGCCAAGCCUGAAACGAAGGAGAUCGCCUCGCUCUCCACAAGGCAGAGCACUGAGAGCUCCUUCGUGGCCUGUGCAUACCAGAUUCCCAAGUCGGAGUGGGAGCCCCUGGCAAGUCGUGAGGAGGAGUUUGAGUUCAUUGAGGCUGCUUUCGAGCCUUUGGAAGAGGGGGCACCAAGUCUUGGAAGGAAUGUCGGGCUCAUGUGCACCAGAUCAACGGAUGAGAAGUUGAAGACUCUGCCAAUCUGGCAGCGCUACGAAAAGUGCUUGAAGCCCUUCAGCGAGGUUAAGGUCUGGAGUUGGGAGCCGGACUCUGGAAUUCGUCCAUGUCCAGUGUAUUGCCGACAUUGUGUCCUGGCAACACAGAAAGAAGGAGUUCCAGACUACGUGUCCAACAGCUUUUUGGAUGAGACCUUCCUGGUGGAUGGGAAGACUACGCUUCGAGAAUACUUGGAGAAGAACCCUCACGUCAUGGCAAGUGAGCCCCCGGAGGAGUUUCGGGAAAGAUACAGCGGAUGA